AUGGCAUCGCCCGAGCUAGCCAUCGCCAAGGCUGCGCUCUCCGCCGCUCUCUUCAAGGCUGACCCCGUCUCCCUCUCGCGCCCCGACGUCGACGCGCUUUUUCCGCUGCUCGACGCCGCCAUCGCUCAGUGCUCGCGACACAAUGUUCAGAGCUGCAAAGACUGGAUCAUGACCAACGUCGCAUCCUCGACAGCGCGCUGCGCCAACCUCGCCAAGUACCUCGCCGCCCUGUCCAGAGGCUUCUCGACCGACAGUGCCCCGCGUCCGAGUCUCAAGCGCAAACGUAUGCACAUUCUCUACAUCCUCAGCGACGCGUUGCACCACGCUGCGAGGAUGAACAAUCGCGUCUGCGCCGACGCAUGGGCCGCCCACCUUGUGACGCUCGUUGCCGCGGCAGCCUCCUUUGACAAGUGCCCUAAACACAAGGCCAAGCUCGACACUCUCAUCUCUUUAUGGUCCGAGAAGCAGUAUUUUGCUGUGGACCUAUUGUCACAGCUCCGCGACGCCGUGUCCAAGAACGGCAACGUUUCCGCUCCUGCAUCGCAGGCUGACGCGGCGCCGCAAACGGCGUCCUUCAAACUUGCCAAGGACACGCCAUACAUGCUGCCCUACUCCCACGGCGACACCUCCACACCGUGGUACGAUCUUCCCGUGGGUACCUGGCUCCCGCACCUGACGCCAAAUUCGGCGCGGCCCAUGGUGCCGGACCGCAUCCGCCCGAUUCAGUUGGCCGCAGGGCCCGCAGACGGCGUCCUCGUCGACGCCGUCAAGAAGCUCCUCCGCAGCGCGGAUCGCAUAUAUGGCAGCGGCAACGAGAUUUCUGCCGACGACGGUAGCGGUGAUCUCGAAGACAUCAACGAGCUGGGGGAGCGUUUUGUUCUGGACCAAGCCACCGGCGACGUGCUCCAUGCGGAUACGUACUAUGGCUGGUCGCGCCCAUUUUGCACAAAGAUGAGGGCGAGGCGGACACAGACACCACGCAGCUACUCCCGCGGCCGCUCAUACUCGCGAUCGGUGUCAUCACAGUCACGCUCGCCAUCACCGUCGCGCAAGCGUCCCCGCCGAUACUCGUCCGACUCACGCAGUCGCACGCCCUCCCCGCGUGCAAGAAGCCGGAGUCGGAGCGCGAGUCCUGAUGGGCGCUACAGGCGGUCCCCUCCACGCGCGCACAUCAAUAUACCUCUUCCAGGGGGCUCGGGAGGGCUGCCGCCGGCGCCGGCGCCUCCUCCUCCGGCUGGCUUUCUAGGGCAGUGGCCGCCGCCGCCGCCGCCGCCGCCGCCGCAUCUGCCACCAGGUGUGCCGAAUUGGGCGGCAGAUCCAGCCGUGAUGAGCCAGAUGAUGGCUGCAUGGUCCGCCAGCCAAGGGCUUCUUCCUCAACUACCGCCGCCACCGCCGCCGCCGCCACAAGGGUACCAGGGAGGAUAUAAUCAUAGUAAUGGGUUUCAGCAGGGUAACUUUCACAAUAGAAGAGGUGGAUACAGCAAUAAUCAACAUGGCAGAGGAGGGUUUGAUCGGGGCCGAGGGAGAUAG